AUGAGAAAUGAUUUAUUAUCCAGUAAUCUUGAAUAUAACAUCAAUCGGCCUAUUGGAUAUAGCAAAUCACCUUUAAAUCAACAUCACAAAAAGCCAUCAAUUACUGAAGAUACAAGCAAUAUCAUAAAACACCGUGUGACUGCAUUAACCAUUGAUAACAAUCAAGACAAAAGCCGUUUUAAGCUAACUGAUCUACCGAUAGAAAUAAUCACGAAUAUAACAAACAAUUUAUCACAAUUUGAGAUUUUAAAUCUUAUAAGAACAUGUUCAAAACUAUACAAUCAAGUACUACCGCAAUUAUAUCAACAUAUUAUAAUAGAUUCAAAUUUCAACAUUUUCAAUAAUCAAGAAUUUAAAACGAAUGGAAGAACAUAUAUCAAUAGUUCAUUUAAUUUAAAGAAAUUUUUAAAAACAUAUAGUAACAAAAUUGACAAUCAUUUAAAUACAAUUAAAAUCUAUAAACUUGAAUGUUUGAAUUUACCUGAUUCAAUUAAUGUAUAUGAUUAUGAUUUUAAUAUAGAUAUUGUAAAUUUUUUUAGUAAAUUAUAUAAUUUAACUUCAUUAAUUUGGUUAAAUAAUAAUUUUAGAUUUGAAUUUUUAUAUGAUUUACCAAAUAAAGAAUUAAUUCAUACUUUGAUUUUAAAUAUAAAAUAUUGUGGAUAUUUGAAAGAGAAUCAAAAUUCCACGAUGAAUAGGUAUGGUAGUAAUAUGAUAGAAGAUUAUGAUAUUGAUAAAUUAAAUUUUCCAAAUAUAAUAAAUUUUCAAAUUAAACCCUUUGAAGAUUCCUAUAGGUUACUUAAAAUUAUAAAUAAUUUAUUAAUUAAUAAGAAUAAUUCAAUUGAAGUUUGUAAUAGAUUGAAAAUUUUAAGUUUAUCAAGUGGUGAUUUAAUGAUAGAUAAUUCUAAUAUUGGUUACGGUAUUGAAGUUCAAUUAAGAACUACUCAGUAUAACGAUUACUUAAAUGAAUACACUUUGAAACGAAUGUUUGAAAAAAGUAAAAUUCAAUAUUUAAGUAAUUUAACUUCACUUUCAUUAAAUGAUUUAAAUGUUAGAUCAGAUGAUGCAAAAUAUUUAAUAAAUUCAAUAAAUUUGAAAAAUUUAAGAUAUUUACAAUUAAGAGGAAUAAAAGAAGUUACUAUAAUCAGAGGACAAAAUAGCACUAUCAUUACUUUUUUAUCAAUUUUAGCUCCGUAUUUAAUUAAUUUAACUCAUUUAUCAUUAAGAUUUCACCAAUUAGUUAAUAGAAUACCACAAUUGUUAUAUGAAUUAUUUCAAAACGGCACUGAUUUAAAAGCACUUGAUUUAUCAACAGUUUUUUCACCUGAUUUGUUUAAUUCAAUAAGUAAUUUUCAAAAUUUAAAAAAAUUAUCAUUAGAAAUCUAUGAUCCAAUAGAUUAUGGAUUAUGUGAAGAUUUAAGGAAUGAAUAUUUAAAAGAACUUCAAAAUUUAAAAUUAGAAUCAUUAAGAAUAAAUAAUACAAUAAAUACACAAUCAUUAAUAAAUUUAAUUUCAUUUCAAAAAAAUUUAAAAUAUUUAGAUAUUAUUGGUUCAAAAGCUGGUGGUGCACCAAAUUUAGGUUUAGGUAUGAUUCAUCCAACAAUAUUUGAUGAUUGGUUUAAAGUUCAACAUGUUGCUUUAUUAUAUUUAAAAUUAAAUUUAAAUUUAAAAUAUAUAAGUAUAAAUGAAUGUUUAUUUCAAUGUAAAUCAAAUUUAAUUAUAAAUCCAAUUGAUGGUUUAAAUAAUUGGUUUAAAUCAAAAGUUAGAUGUUUAAGUUUAUUAGAUAGUUGA